AUGACACCUGGUGAAAUAAAUGAAACGUAUAUUAACUGGAAAGAUUACAUCUUCUUUAGGGAUACUAUUCAAUCUUUUCAAACAUUUACACAAAAUUCUAACCACAUUGAUAGUUUCAUUAAGCACAAUGCAGUUCCCCUAGAUAGUAAAGAACGCCAUAAUUUUAUUAAUAUUUGUCAUGAAAUAAGAGAACUUUUUAAGAUUAUGUCUUCUUAUAAUCCUAGUAACAACGGGAAAUGUUGUAACUAUAUUAACUACUAUAUUAGAGACCAAAUUAAAGAUCUUUUUCCUACAAAAGAAAAUGGUAUUUUUGAAUAUUUUAAGAAAUAUGUUGAUAUUAAUAAAACUGAUUUAUCUUAUAAAACAUGCGUGUCGGAAAUAAAAUAUAUAGAAAAGGAAGAAUUUGAUAAAAUUAAUGAAUUAUUUAACCUAUAUGAUCAUUAUGAAACAAUUUUAAAUCCGGAUUCAGAAGGUAAUAAUGAUCCUAAUGAUUGCAGAGAAUUAAAAGAAUUCAUUGAUGAAUAUAAUGAUAUUAUCCAAAAACAUAAGGAUGAUCAACCUUUCCAAAAAGUGUUAAAUAAUCUCAGAUGCUCAAUUGAAAAUAAUGAGUUAUUUAAUAAUAAUUGCAAAAAUGAGUUAUCAGAAAUAAUAGAAAAUGAAGAUAAUCCAUGGAAUAAAAAUGAAUGUAAUGAAUCUCAAGAAAAAGAAUAUUUAAAGAAAUAUUCAAAUCCAAAUUAUUCGUACUUUGGUACAACUACUUAUAUUCAACCUGUUAAUAUGAAUGUUAUAAUAGCAACCACACUUAGUAGUGUAUUUUUAGGAACAGUACUUUAUUAUAUCUAUAAGUUUACUGCAUCAAGAAAUUAUUUACGAAAUCGCUUUCCAAGAAUGAGAAAAAUGAAUAGAAAUAUAAGUGACGAAACAUACCAACAUGAAAUGUGUAACAGAAAACAUUAUCUAAGGGAUUUGAAAGAAAAAUGUUAUAAUGUAUCAUAUGUUUCAGAAAAAAAAUACUAA